AUGACAAUAAAUUUAGUCUUUUUUAUUCUUCUACAUGUAUCAACGAUAAGUGCUUUUUAUUUGCCUGGUUUAGCACCGAACGUAUUUUGUCGGACACCAACACCAGAUUCCAAAUGCAAAACUCAAGUUGAAGUCUUUGUCAAUCGACUGGAUUCAGUUGAAUCAAUAUUACCCUAUGAAUAUUCAUAUUUUGAUUUUUGUUCAGUUGUUAACGAGUCAUCGCCAGUGGAAAAUCUUGGACAAGUUUUAUUUGGCGAACGUAUUCGUCCAUCACCAUAUAAAUUUAAUUUUCUUGAAACCAUUGACUGCAAAUUGGUAUGCAAAAAAACAUUUACAUCAACUGAUGCUAAACAACAAAAAUUUCUUAAACGCUUAAUGAAAGGCAUGAUUUUCAAUUAUCAACAACAUUGGAUUAUUGAUAAUAUGCCAGUAACAUUGUGUUAUAGAAAUUCUGAAGGGACAGAAUUUUGUUCGCGUGGAUUUCCUAUUGGUUGUUAUGUAACUAAAAGAGGUCAAUCGAAAGAAUCAUGCAAUAUUCGAGAUGGAAAAAAUGAUACUUUCUAUGUUUUUAACCAUUUGGAUUUCGAAAUUAGUUAUCAUAGCGGAGAAGGCGAAACAUGGGGAACUGCGUUUGGAGAGAAUGGUGGUCGAAUUAUUGCAGCUAAAGUUCAAGUUAGCAGUCUUGAUUCGCAGACUUGUGAACGUAAUGCUGCAUCUAUUAGGUUUCAGUCAACAACAACAAAUGGAAUUGAAAUUCCAUUUACAUACAGCGUUAACUUUAAAAGAAACGAUGAAAUACGUUGGUCUAGCCGAUGGGAUUAUAUACUUAACUCAUUGCCAGAGACGCGCAUCCAUUGGUUUUCAAUAUUGAAUUCUCUUGUAAUUGUUCUAUUGCUUACUGGUAUGAUUGCAAUGAUUCUUGUACGUACAUUGCACAAAGAUAUUACUCGUUAUAAUCGAAUUAUGGAUCGUGUCUCUGAAGAAGAGUCUCUAGAAGAAUUCGGUUGGAAAUUAGUACAUGGUGAUGUAUUUCGACCGCCGAAGAGAGGAAUGCUUCUAGCUGUCCUUGUUGGUAAUGGUGUUCAACUUGUAAUUAUGUCAUUGAUUACUUUGCUUUUUGCUUGCUUUGGAUUUCUGUCACCGUCGAGUCGCGGUGCUUUGAUGACUUGUGCAAUAGUCUGUUACGUUCUAUUGGGUACACCAGCUGGUUAUACUUCAGCUCGUUUUUAUAGAAUGUUUGGUGGUAAAAAUUGGAAGAAAAAUGUCUGGAUGACAGCGAUUGUUUGUCCUGGUGCCAUAUUUAGUAUCUUCUUAAUUUUAAAUAUUGUUCUUUGGGCAAAUGGUAGUUCAGCAGCUAUUCCAUUUACAACGUUUUUAGCAUUAUUAGCUCUGUGGUUUUGUGUAUCAACUCCAUUGGUAUUUCUAGGAGUUUACUGUGGUUUUAAGAAUAAACCUACAGAACAUCCAGUUCGAACGAAUCAAAUUCCACGUCAAGUACCUGAUCCAACAACAUAUAUAGGAGUUUUCCCUAGCAUUAUACUGGGUGGCAUGCUUCCAUUUGGUUGUAUUUUCAUGCAAUUAUUCUUUAUUUUGAAUAGUAUCUGGGCUCAUCAAUACUAUUAUUUUUUUGGAUUUUUAUUUGUUGUGUAUAUAAUCUUAAUUUUAACAUGUUCAGAAACAACAAUAUUGCUUUGUUAUUUUCAUUUAUGUGCUGAGGAUUAUCAUUGGUGGUGGCGUUCGUUUUUGACAUCGGGCUCCACGGCUGUUUAUUUCUUUCUAUAUUCGAUUUAUUAUUUCGUCUCGAAAUUAAAAAUAUCUGAGGGUACAUCAACAUUUCUAUACUUUGGUUAUACAUUAAUGAUAACGUUUAUUUUAUUUCUAUUUACUGGUACGAUCGGUUUUCUUGCUUGUUUCUGGUUUGUUCGUAAAAUCUACUCUAUCAUCAAAGUAGACUAG